UCCGUUAACGAGCUUUAUUCAUCCUCUCUGCAUGUGUUUUGCUGCCGUUGGCCUCCACAGACAAUCUGCUGCCCUUCUAUUAAGACGUGAACCCCCUCCUUUGCUCUCUCUCAUCAUUGUCGCGCACGUUUCUCCAGCCGUCACGCGUCCACAGGUUCAUCUGUCCGCACACACGUCGCCAGCGUGUUGCCAUGAGCGGCUGCAGUUAAUUACUACGUUUUUACUGAGGAUUCGAGAGCCGAGCAGAGAUUUUGUCAUUGCAUUACCACUCGCUGCCAGAACCCGACCGUGGUUUCCAGGGAAACUGGAAAUGUGAGGCUUUUCAGCAGACACAGCCGCGGCUUAAAGAGCGACGAUUGCCCAAGAUAGAUUCUUCUGGAGACAAACCUGUAGCGGCUGCAAUCAGUAUCAAUCAGCAUGGGAGACGUACAGACAGAUGUGGGGGUUCGGGUUCGGUGCUGAGAUUUACAACGCUUGACCCAAAUCCAGGAAAGAGUUAUGGACAGACUUCAUUCUGACGUGAACUGCUGAGGUACUUGUUCCACUUUAACGCGGACGCGUGAUGGGAAGUCUUAAGGACGAGAUGAGAGAAAACCACCAGCUUUGUGGGAAGACGGAUGAUGGAGAGCGUCCAGGCGGCUCCGAUGGCAGCGCGAUAAACGCGAGUCGGGGGCCGGCAGCCGAAGAGGAGAGUCGGCCAAAAGUGCACGUGAACGCCAGCUGCGUUGAUGGGGAGACAGGUCCCGAGUCCAAAGAGCCUCCGGGAUCGGGUUCUGACACCGACUUUACACAAGUCGACGCCACACGUCCGACACGGGAAGCCGAAGCAGCCGGAGUAGCUUUACGAAACCACGGGACAACCUCCGAGGAGCUGCAGAGUGCUGGAGACCGGAAGGGGGCGACGGGCGGAGAAAAGGUGGUCGAGAGCAUCGCGGUGCCGGUGCCGCCGGCUGCAGACCCCUCCGGCCCCCGCUCCCCCGACCUGCGCUCCCCAGCCCCCCACGGGCAGCACCACGUGCGCACGCAGGUGAGCCUGGAGGUGGUGCAGUGCCGCUCGGCCGCCACCAGCCCCAUGACGCCCCCCGAGGGCGCCGGCUCCUUCUUCUUCCCCUGCUCCUUCGGGGCGUCCGCGGGGGCCGGCGCCGGCACCCAGGACGCCGAGCUGCAGGCGGGCCGGCGGGUGGAGCUCUGCUCCGUGGCCACGUCCCCCAUGACCCCGAAGACGCCGUCGGCCUCGGCGUUCCCCGAGCUCACUGGGAGAGAGGUGCCGCAGAAGGUGAGGAGCGGGGGGGAGCGGGGGGAGGGGUCCGCCAGCCGCCCGGCUGAUGCCCUGAUGGAGCCACGGGUCACUGUGGAGGAGAGUAAUCAGCCCUGCAAGAGGAUGGGGAGCAUGGAGCAAGACAUCACCAUUCUGGUGACCCAGUAUGGGACCAAUGAGGAGGGGGAGGCGGAGAAGGAGGAAUCUAUUCGUCCCAUUGAGCCAGAAAUGGUCAAGAUAGAUGAGUGCGAGGAACCCAAGCAGGAAGGGAAGGAAACUGCCCAAGAGCCACAAAACGCGGCUGAAGGUUCGUCUCUUCUGGCGAGCGAGCGAUCGGUGGCCACUACAGACAAUACGGACGCGACGAAGCCUCCCGUGCCUGAAUCUCCCGCCCCCUUCGGCUGCCACAACAUCCGCACGCAGGUGAGCCUGGAGGUGGUGCAGUGUCAGUCCGUGGCCACCAGCCCCAUGACGCCCCCCGGGGGGGACCAGGCCUUCUGCUUCCCCGGCUCCUUCGGGACCAGGGACGCGGAGCUGCAGGUGGGUCAGCAGGUGGAGUGUCGCUCCGUCGCCACGGCGCCCAUGACCCCGAGGACGCCGACCGCCCCCUGCUUCCCCGAGAUCAGGAAGGAGGUCAGCGUGGAGGAGAAGAUAGAGGAGGAGGAGGAGGAAGGGGAGAGAAAGGAGGAGGCAGCGGAGGAGGCAGCGGAGGACACCAAGGAGGAAACAGCCAGCAAGGAGGAAGGAGAGGACAAAGGCGAGGAGCCGGUGCAGGAGGUGAGCUGGGACGACAAAGGGAUGACGUGGGAGGUGUACGGGGCGGUGGUGGAGGUGUCGGUGCUGGGCUCGGCCAUCCAGAAGCACCUGGAGAAGCAGGUGAAGAAGCAGAAGCGGCAGCCGUCCAUGCCGCCCCCGCCGCCCCUCACGCCCUCCGCCACGCCGCUCAGCCCGGACUCCGCCCCGGGGGCGGCGGGCUCCGGCAGGGGCGCGGCCGGGAAGAGGGGGGAGCGGGAGGGCAAGGCGCGGCGACACCGACGGAACCCCUUCCGCCUCCUGAUGGAGAACGUGCAGCAGCCGCACUGCUGCUCCAGAGCCCACACCACCGAGUGACGGGCACGAGCGACGGCUGACGCGCGCGGCCGCGACGGGGCGCCUUCACGGGCAUGGCAUCCUCGCGCGGGACAACAAGCACAAGGUUUGAUACACAACCUGACAGUCUGAUUUUUUUUUUUUUGUUUACUAUUCUUCUUUUUCACAAAUGUCCUGAAAGUUCUCACUCGGACACACACGCAGCUCCAUGGACUCCGCGUUUGGUAGAACGAGGGUGACACAUCAGCACCGCCGGUAGCGCUUCCUCACCACUCCGCCGUCCACUGACUCAUUUCAGCUGUUGCUUUUUUUAAUGCACCUCAGACGUUAUGAAACCAUGGCAACGAGCACAAUACCUUCUCCUGGUCGCCGGCGCGCGCACCCCGUGCUAAGCCGAGGGGGGCGACAGCGGAGCGACGCCAGUUUGAAUUGAUAUUAACGUUGCGUUAGUGCAGGUGUGUGUGCGUCGUAUGAUCUGCUUUUAGAUUUGGCACCUGUUUUUGACUCAUUUGUGUGGUGUAAAAAAGAAGAAUGUACAAGCACAAUCAAGAUCAUUUAAAAAAAAAAAGUAACUUCAUUAUUAUAUUCUGUCAUUAUUUCCCGUAUUUAAACGCCACAAGAUGUGAAUUAUGUGAUGAAACUUCUUUUAAACGUGUUUCCUUUCAGUGUUAUUACAGUGAUCUUAGUGUUCAUCAAGUCCACAUUUGAGAAAAGUACUUUUAUUUACAGAUUGCACUUGUGAUACAUUCAUUGAGUAGACGUCGCUAGACAGUGAAAUCCUCCGCUUGUUUCAAGCUGCAUGAGCUUUUAUUUCAGCAACAUGUAUCUGCCAAUGUGUAGAACCCAAAUCAGAGAUGAGCCCUUUAGGCUGAAGAGCGAUAAAUAAGAAUUUUAAUCAUACACUAAUUUUAUGCAAUAUUCUUCUUUCUCUUUUCUAGUAGCAUCAGCUGCAACGAAACUGAUCAUUGUAUGUUAACUUAUAAUACAGUUGAUUUCAACAAAAUAAAGUGAUUCUCACACGCAACAA